AUGAGCGAUCUUCGAUAUGGGUUUCUCUACGAGUUAAAAGACGUCGUCAUGAAACUCAACGAUCCCUCGACGAUUUUGUAUGACGUUAGUGGUGUGAUGUCGACGCUUGCCAAGCACAAUUGGAAUAUUACUGUUGGGGUCGAACAUGAUCUACACGAGUUGCUCAAUGUGUUUGCAACUACAUGGGAAGAGGAAUUGCAGGAGGUGAAGAAACGGCUGCUUUCUUCAUCCUUGUGGCAGUUCAAUGAGUCGGAAUUCCCUCAUGAAAGUGGACCAAGAAUAGGCGCAGGAUCUGGAGAUGCGCCCCUGUCCCCGAUCAGCCGAAGGGAACUUGUUUUCCAGAGGUUUGCAAAUUUUCAGUUCAUUAGUUAA